UUUUUUUUUUUCCUUUUUCCUUUUCCCUUCUUCUUGCUCACUCGACUAGAUCCUCUCUCUUCCCUGUCUCAUCAAACUCAUUCCUCCCGUUCCUCAUUUCAUCCCUCACCCUCUUCCACCACCUCUCCCCAGUGUUAUCGUUCUUGCAUAACACACCCUCCUAACCUCGUUCUUCUCACUCACAUAUACACACUCACACCCCAUCAUGACAAAGUGCCUCACUGUCGAAGUCGGCCCCUCGGACGUCGAGGGCGAGACCCGUAUCCGCCGCUCGGUCCUCUCUGCUAAGCGUCUCAUGUCCUCACCUACGGACGAUGUCAAGACCCUGUACGACGUCUUAAACUACUCCGUCAAGGUCCGUCCUAACCUCAAUGCGAUCGGCUACCGCAAGGUUGUUAAGAUUAUCGAGGAGGAAAAGGAGAUUACAAAGAUCGUCGGUGGCGAGGAAGUCAAGGAGAAGAAGACCUGGAAAUUCUUCAAGAUGUCUGGCUACCACUGGUUGACCUACAAGGACGCCAAACAGGUCGUUGACAGCAUCGGUUGCGGUCUGCGCAAGUUCGGACUCCAGCCCAAGGACAAGAUUACCGUCUUUGGCUCUACAAGUGCCAACUGGCUCUUGGUCGCCCAUGGUGCCUUCACCCAGUCCAUCACCAUCGUCACUGCCUACGACACCCUUGGCGAGGAUGGUCUUUUGCACUCGAUGAACGAGGCCGAGGUCAGCACCGCCUACACUAACGCAGACUUGCUCAACACUCUUAAGAACGUCGCCGGCAAAUGCCCCACAUUGAAGAAGGUCAUCUACGACGGCGAGGCCAAGCCCGCCGAUGUCAUUGCUCUUCAGGAGGCUCACCCCCACCUCGAGCUCAUUACCCUCGAGGAGUUGAAGCAGCUCGGUGUCGACAACCCUAUCGAGCCCACUCCUCCCGCUGCCAAGGACUACUGUUGUAUCAUGUACACCUCUGGAUCAACCGGCAACCCCAAGGGAGUUUUGCUCACCCACGGAAACUUGGUCGCUGCCAUUGGCGGUGUGAACAAGAUGUUGACCAAGUACGUCCACGAAGGAGAUGUCUUGCUCGCCUACUUGCCUCUCGCUCACGUCCUCGAGUUCUUGGUCGAGAACGUCUGCUUGUUCUGGGGUGUCACUCUCGGCUACGGUACCGUCCGCACCUUGACCGAUGCCUCCGUCCGCGAGUGCCAGGGUGACAUCAAGGAGUUGCGUCCCACCUUGAUGACCGGUGUCCCCGCUGUUUGGGAGACCAUCCGCAAGGGAGUCUUGGCCCAGGUUGGUCAGGGCUCUCCUCUUGUCCAGAAGAUCUUCCAUGCUGCAUUGAACGCCAAGGCCUGGUGCCUGGAACGCAAGUUGGGAGCCUUGACUGGAGUCUUUGAUGCCGUCGUUUUCAAUAAGGUCAAGCAGCAGACUGGAGGACGUCUUCGCUUCGCUCUUUCGGGAGGUGCUCCCAUUUCUCAUGAGACCCAGCGCUUCCUGUCCACAGCCUUGUGCCCCAUUCUCCAGGGUUACGGUAUGACUGAAUCGUGCGGUAUGUGCGCCAUCCUGACGCCUGAAGUCUUCAACUACGGCCGCGUCGGAUCUCCUGUCCCAUGCACAGAAGUCAAGCUGGUUGAUGUGCCUGAUGCGGGAUACUUCUCUACCGACUCCCCUAACCCCCGUGGAGAGGUUUGCAUUCGUGGACCUUCCAUCACAGCUGGAUACUUCAAGAACCCCGAGGAAACCUCUGCUACCUUGACUGUUGACCGCUGGCUCAAGACUGGUGAUAUUGGAGAAUGGCACCCCGAUGGUACUAUUUCGAUUAUCGAUCGCAAGAAGAACUUGGUCAAGUUGUCGCACGGAGAGUACAUCGCCUUGGAGAAGUUGGAGUCUGUUUACAAGAGCACAGCCUACUGCAACAACAUCUGCGUCUACGCAGACUCGAUGCAGUCCAAGCCCGUCGCUCUGAUUGUCGCCAGCGAGCCCCGUAUCCUCGAGUUGGCCAAGGCUAAGGGUAUUGAGAGCAAGGACUUUGGUGUGCUCUGCCAUGACAAGGUCAUCGUCAAGGCUGUCCUCGAUGCCUGCCUCGCCACCGCCAAGCGCGCUGGACUCAAGCCCGCCGAGAUGCUUCAGGGCGUUUACUUGGAAUCUGAGGAAUGGACCGCCCAGGCUGGCCAGUUGACGGCUGCUCAGAAGCUGAAGCGCAAGGAGAUUAACCAGGCCUACGUCUCUCAGAUCAAGGCCCUCUACGGCAGCAACUAAAGCAAACCGUCGAGAGUCGAACGGAAAAGAGCCGUUGUUGUGGAUGCAGCCGUGUCCAUAACAGCUUGUAUAAUGAAACAACAAAUCACCAUCAUCAAUCGAACAUUCGCCGGUCGACAUCCAUUUUUGCUUUUUUUUUUUCUCUUUCUUUUCUUUCUUUCUUUGUCCCUCUCACCAUUAAUUCUCUAUACCCAUUUCCUACA